UCAGGCAACAAUGCUGCAGAAAUUCCUUUUUUCGAUCAGUGGCAACCCAGGCCUCAGCCUUGUAAUAUGGCCGCUACAGGCAAGAAAUCAAAAAAAGCAAAAUGGGUCAAAGCCAACAUGGGUGUCAUCAUUGCGGAGCCGACGGCGAUAAGCACCACAAACACUUGGGCAGACCCUGGAGAUGAGGAAACCGAAAGCUACAGCUACAGUUCACGUACACGGGCGCCCGUGGUGCUGCCGUCAGCAUCGCGCGCCGCCCGUGGAGGCAUGGCUGUGGAUGAAGAGAGCAUACCACGACGACCACCAUACAUUGCACAUGUCUCCAACCUACCUUAUGAUGUAGAGGAGAGUGCUAUAGCUGACUUAUUUGAAGGCCUGAAGAUCACUAAUCUGAGACUACCUCGAGAGGGUGGCCGGCUAAAAGGAUAUGGCUAUGUGGAUUUUGAAGACAGAGAGAGUCUUGUUAGUGCAAUGAACAUUGAAGAUCUGACAGUUGGAGGUAGAAGAAUAAGAAUAGAAGUUUCCAACAAUGAUAAUGAUCGUCGGAUGGGAAGAAGCGGAAGAUCUGAUCGUGACAGGGACUAUGACCCGGAGCGCACAAUGGGCGAUUGGCGGUCGGGGCCGCGCGCGCAGCCCGAGCCGCAAGCUCGUGCCCGUCCCAUGGAGCGAGACAGGGAGAGGGACCGCGAAAGAGACUCAAGUGUUGACAACAAGCCGGGUGGUUGGCGCGAUGGUGAGAGACAGGCGCCCGCAGAACCCGCCAGGACUUUGUACGGUGGUCGGGAUUCUUACGGCCGCGAUCGUUAUGGCGAGGGUGGUCGAGAUCGCGCCGGCGGUGGGGGCUUCGGCCGCGACGGCGAACGCGGCGGCUUCGGCCCUCGGGAGGGGGGCUUCCGAUCUGAUAGAGAAGGAUACGGAAGUCGUGAAGGCCGAGGUUUCGGUGGAAGAGGAUUUGGCGACCGCGACCGGGAUCCCCUACCUAGAGAAGAAAGCAAACCCCGUGAGCGUCCCAAGUUGAACCUGCUGCCACGAACAGUGCCGAUAGAGUCUGAGGUGCCCACUAAGCCAGCGGACGGCGCACUGGACGACAAGUCUGACAAGCCUAAACCUGUGCCUGCAGAGAAGGUGUUUGGAGCUGCCAAACCUGUGGAUACUGCUGCUAAAGAGCGUGAGAUUGAAGAACGUCUUCGCAAACAAGAGGAGGAAGCGAGACGUGCUGCUGAAGAAAAGGAUCGUUGGGGUAGAAGGAAUGACCAUUCCGGUGACCGGCGAGGUGGCGGCAGACGAGAGGACCGCGGCAGAGACUCGCGCAGCUACAACAGGGACCGACGCGACUACUCCAAAGACGACAGAGAACGUCGCGACUACUCCAAGGAUGAAAGAGAGAGACGCGACUACUCCAAGGACAACAGGGAGCGCAGGGACUCGAGGGAGAGACGCGACUACUCAAAAGAGGACCGUGACCGUUACGACAGGGACAGGGAAAGAGACACACGUGACUACAGGGAUGACAACAGGGACUACAACGACCGAGACCGGCGCGACUACAGCCGCGACAGAGACAAGCGGGACUACUCGGGAGACCGGGACGAGCGUCCCAGGAACGAUAGAGGCAGGGAGCCUUCACCCGAAGCUCGUAAAGAUAGAGACCACGAGGACCGCGAACGCGAACAGAACGGCCGCGACCGACAGAGCCGCUCGCGCGAUAGGCACGAGGACAAGGAGGAGAAACCAUUGCCUAAGCUGAAGGAACAGGAGAAACCGAACUUUGUGGCUUCAAAUAAAUUUAGUUACCUCGAGGAGGCCGAGGACGUAGCAUUGGAAUAACACACGGCGUUUCUCUGCGCCGGCGCGCGCUCCGCUGUGAUUCAGUGUAAAGUGUAAAUUAACGAGUAUCGCGCUAUAUAGUGUUACGGAACUUGCACACGGACAAGCAGACACUGUGCUAUAGGACCCGGUUUAUUAAUUUUAGUGCGGUGUGAUAACGUGUAUAUUGUCGGGUGUAUAUGUUUCCACCGCCUCGAGCCCGCCCCAGCCUUUACGCUGGCUUCUCGCUGAGUAAACUUUAUUACAAACUGAUCCAAAUAGUGUUACAGUUUACAACUCUCUUAAAUUUCAGAAAUACAUGUGAAUAAAGAAAAGGUUUUUAAUAUUAUCAACUAAUAACAAUACUAUAAAAUAUAAUUAAACUAUGUUUUGGUUUCUAUUAAAUGAGCAAUAUAAAGUUUACUCGGAAAGUGGUGUAAAGGCUGGGGCUCUAUUUGUGGACUUGAAUGGUGUAAAUUUUCUAUGGGUUUGUUGAUGUCCUGUGAACGGUAAACAAAAUAUGUGGUCGUGAUAUAAAUGCUGAUAAUUCCUACAAAUGUUCUCAUACAGGUUAUUGGUAAUGGUGCUGUGUCUUUCCGUUUGUCUGUUGUAUAUACAGCAGUGUAACAGCCCUUAAGGUACGAAUAGACCAUGACAGAAAUUGUCACAUUAAUGUCUAUACUAUUUACAAUUGUAUGGAUGAAUCAAGACACUUCGAAGUUUAUACUGAAUGUCUUAGUCUAAUUCUCCCAUUGCACUUGUGCUAUUUGUAGACUGCCUCACUGGACUUGAUACAGCUAAAUACGCAAUGCCAUUAUGCAACAAUAGGGAAACCAUUUUUUUUUAGUAUAUGUCUAUUAUAAAAUAUU